UAUCAUUACAGUUUGGUGGAUAGGGGGGGGGGUGGUCCUAUUAGAUGGACGUGAAAUGAAGAAGUGCAGAGGAAGAGCUGAUGGGGUAGGGUUUGACAAAGCUAGGGAGUGGUAGAUGGAUUUGAAUGGAAAUGGGGGAUAUAGAGAUGGAGAUAGAGAAAGGGAGGGGAAGAGGAAAGGGGUAUAUGGAAGGCAUGCCUGUUAAGGAAGGUUCUUGGGAGGGGGUAGGAUACAGGGAGGGGGAUAGUCUAUUGGGACAGGGCAGGGGAAGAGGAGGGGUAUAGAGGGAGAAUAAGAUGGUAUAUACAGGGAGGUAGAAGAGGGUUUGAGGGAAUAAAUAGGGGGUAACAUGUGGUAGAGAUUAAAAGGAAGGGGGAUGUUAAAAGAGGGAAAUGGAACAGCUACAAUAAAACUGGGUAUUAUCAACUUGCCAUGACUCCUUGCAAUUGAAGACUGCAUCUGGAUAAUGAAUGGUCUUGGAACAUCCUCCUUGCAGGUGCGGUAGAAUAACCAGAACCUGAACUGAAUCUCGAGAAUUUGUCGUCAUGCCGAAGCGAAAAUCAAAGCAGCUACCUGACCCGCCGUCCAAUGCUGCUGCGAAGGACUCUUCUAAGAAAGCUCGAGGACUGACCAAGAACAGUGACGCAAGUGGUGAUGCCAAUAUGGAUAACGGUACGCCCAGCUCAGCUUUGCCUUUAGAUGUGUUCGCACAUCUCAUUCAUCCAAUCAAGGUUGAAACGUUUCUGGAAGAGUACUGGGAAAAGCAACCCAUCAUCAUACCAAACAGAAAAGGGCACCAGGAGUUCUUCCAGUCGCUCUUUACAAGGAAGAUCUUGGAGGGACUCGUGGCGGAGAAGAAGGUCUCCUUUGUCAAGGAUUGCAAUGUCUGUCGGUACAAGGAUGGUGAGAGGGAAUCGCUCAACGGGAAAGGAACGGUCAAACUGAAUAAACUCAAGGAACUUUUGGAUAGAGACAAAGCUACGAUACAGUUUCACCAACCACAGCGCUUUCAGGAGAGUAUAUGGAGUCUACUAGAGAAGCUAGAAUCAUUCUUUGGUUGUUUGGUAGGAUCCAAUGUCUACAUGACACCCAAGCUAUCUCAAGGACUGGCGCCUCAUUACGAUGAUGUAGAGGUGUUUGUGCUUCAGCUUGAAGGAGAGAAACACUGGCGUCUCUACAAACCGCCGACCCUUCUUCCCCGAGAUUAUAGCAGAGAUCUCGACCAAUCAGAGAUCGGAGAGCCGACACAUGACAUAAUACUUCAGGCAGGUGAUCUUAUGUACUUCCCACGGGGAACGAUUCACCAGGCUGAUACACCUAGUACGUGUACCCACUCCACACAUCUGACUAUUAGCACAUACCAAAGAUCUUCUUGGGGUGAUUUUCUCAGUAUUGCCCUCCCGUCCAUGAUUCAGACAGCUAUUUUAGAGAAUGUCUCCUAUCGUCAAGGUCUUCCUUUGAGAUUUUUCUCAGAUCAUAGUCGGCAGGCAUGCACCAGCGAGACCGGCGAAAAAAUAACAAGUUUGAUAUCACAAUUGAGCCGCCAUAUUGGAUCACAUGGUCAGGAAGCUGCCGAUGAGAUGCUCUGUGACUUCAUAGCCAACCGUCUGCCACCAUUCAACAAUGAUGACCAAGACUUCGGUCCUAAAGGUCCCAUGCCCUCAUCAGACCACCAAGUUCGUCUUCGCCUCCCCGAUCACACUUUCAUCGUAAGAAGGCAAGGCGAAGAGGAUGGUGAGGAGGAUGAAGAAGAGGAAGAAGAUGAAGAGGAAGAUGAUAAUGAGAAAGCAUUUCAACUGUUAGUCUAUCAUUCUCUUCAGAAUUCUCAUCAAGAGCACAUGAUGUCCAGUGAACCUAAAGAGGCUCUGGGGAUCCAGCUACCAACAGAAUGUGAGCCAGCUCUCAGAAUUCUUAAAGAAUCUCCACGAUCCUGGAGGAACGUCAAAGACAUCAGUUUGGAAGAUGGGGUCAGGUCACAGAUGAUCAUGUCACUGUGGGCAGAGGGUCUGAUAGAAGUGAGGGACGGGACAUAGGUCGAGAUAGUUCUUGAUAGCCAUAGGUCACAGAUGAUGUCUUGACGGGCGGAAGGUCUGGUUGAAAUCCAUAAUGGGAGAUAGUUCAAGAUGCUGCCGUUGGGUCACAGAUAAAUCACAUCACUUUUGGUGGUAUAAUUAGAGGAUGGGAGAUAAUUCUUGAUUUUUGGAUGCACUGCUUUAGGUUUCAGAUGACUGUGUCACUCUGGGGAAAGGGUUUGGUUGGAUUUGGGGAUGGGAGAUAGUUCUUGAGGCAGGGUUAUAUAGCAUUAGGUCACAGAUAAUAAUAUCUUGGUGGACGAAGAGUCUGGUAGAGGUUGGGGACAGGAGAUAUUUCCGAGGCUGUCACUAGGUCAGAGGUGAUCAUGUCACUUUUGGUGGUACAAUUGGAGGAUAGGAGAUAAUUUUGAUUUUUGGACACCCUGCAUCAAGUCACAGAGGAUUGUGUCAGUCUGGGUGAAAGGUUUGGUUGAAGGCAGGGAUCGAAGAUAGUUCUUGAGGCAGGUUUAUACAGCAUUAGGUCACGGACAAUUGACGAGCUGCGAGUCUGGUAGAAGUCAUUAACGGGUUAAUUGGCAUAAGGUCCCAGAUGAAUGUGUCACUGGGCAGACUCGAGGGCGUGUUUGUAAUCCAAGAUGGGAGACAGCUCAAGAUGCAGUCAUUGCAGCACAUGGGAGAUCAUUCUUGAUGUAGGGGUAAUGUCUUUGUUGGCAGAGGAGUCAAGGACUUGGUUGUAGGUUGCAGAUAAUUAUGUCACUGUGGGCAGAAGGUCUGGGGCUCGUUGCAUAAAACUUUUUACCUGAGAAAACUCUGGUAAAAACUGGAAACUAUGGUUAGUCUGAUUUCUGCCUUUGACUUUAACACAGGACAAAAACUCUGGUAAAGACAACCUGAGUUUUCUCAGGUAAAAAGUCUUAUGCAACGGGCCCCAGGUUGCAGUCAGGGACAGGGGAUGGUUCAUUAGGCAGGGUUAUGCAGCAUCAGGUCAGAAAGGAUUGUGUCGCAAUGGAUGAAGGGUCAUAUAGAAGUCAGGGACAUGAAGCAAUAAUUUGAAGA